AUGCCAGUCAAUAAACCGGACCCAAAACGAGACGGCCUCUUGAGAGGAGAAAUCUGGUGGAGAGAUCAUCAAGCAUGGCUCGAUGAACGCGGGUACAAGCUUCGACCAAGGCUCACUCCUGGUUGGGUUCCGUCUUGGCUCGGCAAGGAUGUGUGGCCACCACGUUGUGAGGACUUCCAAACCCACAUUCAUCCCAGGGUACAGGAUGCCGUUCGAAAGGACAACAAUCAACAGGUCAUGCUGAAGAAGGUCAACACCAAAAGAUACCCGAAUGAAGAAGAAAUUUCCAGCUACUUCUCUUCAAAAGAGCUUUCCGAUAUACCCGAAAACCACUGUGUGCCGAUUUUGGAAACCAUGCGAGUUCCAGAUGAAGAUGAUGUGGUGAUUCUCGUGAUGCCUUUGCUAAGAGAAUGCAAAGAUCCGCCUUUCGAGAGCGUUGGAGAAGUGGUCGAAUUUUUCAGACAAGUAUUUGAGGGUAUGCGUUUCAUGCAUCAACACCGAAUUGCUCACCGUGACUGUCAUUUGCCCAACGUUUUGAUGAACGCUGACGCUAUGUAUCCUGAUGGAUUUCACCCUGCAAAACAGAGCAUGGCUCCCGACUGGAAGGGAAAAGCAAAGCAUUUUUCUCGCACAGAGCGACUACCCAAGUAUUACUUGAUUGAUUUUGGACUCUCAGUUCGCUUUCCCCCAAGCGAUUCUACUCCCCGCGCGCGAGUGGUUCGGGGAGGUGAUCACGAUUACCCUCCCGAACUGGAGGAUAUGAAUGCUGAAUAUGACCCAUUCCCAACCGACGUCUUUCAUCUAGGCCAUCUAAUCAUGCAUGAAUUCACGGAGGGCAAUCAGUCCCUUGAGAUCAAGAAAACAUUGGGACUUGAAUUUAUGGAAAGCUUAGCCGCAGACAUGACGAACCCCGAUCCUCUGAAGCGGCCUACAAUGGACGAGGUUGUGGCAAGGUAUGCAGAAGUCCGGCAAGGUCUACCAUCAUGGAAACUAAGGCAGAGGGUUGCUCGUUCUGACGAGUUUUUUCUCGCUGCAAUGUUCAGGGGUACAAGACACUUAGGUAAAACGAUCCUAUAUGUUGUGAAACGUAUCCCCCCCCUUCCCAAACAGUAG